UCAUUAUCAUAAAAAACGAACACGUGCAGAAUACCUGAGAAAUAUAGAGUUUAUUAUUCAUGAAGAAUCGAGAGCAAUGACGGAUUUUAAGAGUUUGAAACUCAAUUCUUGGAUUGUCGAACAAUGCAAAAUCAUUGGUAUAAAGAAACCAACGCCUAUUCAACAAAAUUGCAUCCCAGUGAUAUUGAAUGGUCAAGACUGCAUUGGAUGUGCAAAGACUGGUAGCGGUAAAACAUUGACUUUUGUUUUACCAAUUUUACAAAAGCUUUGCGAAGAUCCAUAUGGAAUUUUUGCUCUCGUGCUAACACCAACCAGGGAACUUGCUUUUCAAAUUUCCGAUCAAUUUGCGGCAAUUGGUAAAUCAAUCAAUCUUAAGAAAUGUACGAUCGUCGGAGGUAUGGAUAUGGUAGUUCAGGGACUAGAAUUAGCCAAGAAUCCUCACAUUGUUGUAUCGACUCCAGGACGUUUAGCGGAUCAUUUAGAAAGCUGCGAUACAUUUUCAUUGAAGAAAAUUAAGUUUCUCGUUCUUGAUGAAGCUGAUAGAUUGUUAGAAGGUCGUUUUGAUAAUCAAUUAAGUGUCAUAUUUCAAGCUUUGCCUAAAGAAAGGCAGUCUUUGCUUUUUAGUGCUACUAUAACCGAUGCAUUAAGUAAAGUUCAACAAGUAUCCAAAAGAGAAAUGUUUCUAUGGGAGUCCCAGGAUAAUCUUGGUAUCGCGACAGUAAAGGAACUGGAUCAACGUUACGUGCUUUGCCCUGAAAAUGUUCGCGAUGCAUAUCUAGUUGAAGUCAUUAGAACAUUUAGAGACGAUAACAAAAUUGGAUCGAUCAUGAUAUUCACCGAUACUUGCAAAAAUUGUCAGCUACUGUCCGUCACAUUAAACGAAGUAGGUUUUGAAAAUGUAGCAUUACACGCUAUGAUAAAGCAAAAAGAACGCUUAAGCUCCUUGAGUAAAUUUAAAUCCAGUCACAUUAAAAUUUUAAUUGCCACUGAUGUGGCUGCGAGAGGCUUGGACAUUCCCGUUGUUACCCUGGUCAUAAAUCAUAAUAUACCAAAUGUACCGAAAGAGUACAUUCAUAGAGUUGGCAGAACCGCUCGUGCUGGUAGAGGUGGUUUGGCAGUCACUUUGAUAACACCACACGAUAUCAAAUUAUUGCAUGCUAUCGAAGAAUUAAUCGGCACGCAACUUACCGAAUAUAAAAUUGAUGACAAUGAAGUCGUCACCAUCUUUCCACAGAUAUCGGUUACAAAACGUGAAGCCGAAAUAAAACUAAAUGAGACGGAUUUUGAUGAGAAAAAAAUGAUAAAUAAGAGGAAAAAAUUAAUUUUACAAGGAAUAGAUCCAGAGGAAGCAGACGAAAUUUUAAAAAAUAGUAAAAAACGCAAAAAAAAGAAAAAGAAGGUAGAAACCGAUAAGAAGCUUAGCGAAGAUAGUUCAUAAAAUUUAUUUUCUCUUUUUAACAAAUGAUCAAUAAUAUCUUCAUUAUCGAGCAAUUUGAAUACAAAUAUUUUGGCUACUUUCCAUUGAUUUGCCAUUAAUCUCAAUACAAACUUGCUUUUACUAUUUUUCUACCUGUU